CCAAAACGGCGGUGCCGUCCUUAGCUGCAGCGGCUGCGCGCAGCCCCGGUCGUCCCUCGUCGCAGUCGCAGUCGCAGGCAGCCCCGUCGUCCCCGUCCCCCGCGCGCGCACCCCUCGUGUUGGGGCUCCUCCUGUUCUUCAGGACGUGGUCAUGGAGCCCCAGCCCGGGUCGCCGACGUCGCCGCCCUUCUCUCCGGGCACGACGUUAUGGGACAAUGCCAGGGCGGCAACACCGUCGGAGGAGAUGGCAGCGCCGGACGAGACACAGGAGGAGGCCACCGAACUCGAGCCGGGCAGGAAGUCGACCGCGUCUUCCUCCUCCUCCUCCUCCUCGUCCUCCUCGUCCGCUGACGAUAUCCCGUGCGACAUCGACGUCGUCGAGCUCGUCAACCCGAUGGCGGCGCCGCUGCCGGAGGACGGACACGGCGCGGAAGCCAAAGCAGUCCACUCGGCGACGGCGGAGGACGAACGAACCGGACCCGACGUACACGACGCCGAGGCCAAGCCUGCGGCGGACUGCACGAUGCCGGAGGGCGCUCCCGCCGCGACCGUGCACAGCGUGGAGGCCAAGCAAGACGACUGGGCGACGUGGUCGGAGCCGCCGCCGCCUCCGGUCGUCGACGACUCGUUCGCGUCGUCGGACGGUGCCGCGCCGACGGAGGCGCCGCCGCAGGUCCAGACGGUCUCGCCGGCCAACCUCGGAGCGGCGGGGGCGGGGGCAGCCGGGCCCAGCGGGUUCGACCCGGGGAGGAUCCCGGCGUCCGUGUUCCAGCACAGGACGUCGGUGUCGCAGGCCGAGUGGAGCAUGGCGUCCAACGAGUCGCUCUUCAGCAUCCAGGGCGCCAGCGACAUGUACCCCGGCAGCAGGUCGCACUUCGACUUCUACUACGACGAGGCCAUGGCGGAGGCGGCGGACUCCAAGCUGCCGUCCCUCGAGGAGGGGGCGGAGCCCGGGGACGCGGCCGAGUCCAGGGAGUUCGCGGCGCCGGGCAGCGACGGGUACGGCAACGCCAAGAGAGCCGCCGUGUUCCGGCAGCACGAGAGCGGCUCCGGAAGCAGCUCCAGCAACUUCUCCUUCGCGUUCCCAAUACUGGCGGAGACGUCGCCGAGGAAGAAGGACCUCGCCAACACCGCGCUGUACCAGCCGCUGGAGAAGGAGCGCGAGCGCGAGCAGCCGCCGCCGCCGCAGCUCGAGCCCCCCGUGUCGGCCUUCAUGGAGAUGACGACGGAGGAGGAGCGGCGGAGGAGCGACACCGGCUGCUGUUGCUGCGGCUGCUGCUGGUUCGACUGCUCCUGGUGCUGCCGGUGCCCGUGGUGGCGAUGCGGCUGCUGCUGCAGCUGCUCCUGCCCCAGCUUCUGCCGGUGCAGCUGGUGCCUCUGCUCAUGAGAGAAUUUGGCAUUUGGAUCCGACAAACUUGGUGCCAGAUGGGAACUUAGAUGGGUAGGCAUCGUCCCUUGAGAGGUUAGAUCCCAUUCGGCGCCUCCUGCUUGUGUUUUCGGAGGAUUAUUUGGCAGACCGGGUUUGGCAUGUGCACGUCAGCUGACACAGAGUAUACAGUACACAGUGUACAACUGUUGAGAAGGAAUGGAGGUUCAAACGAAUGAUUUUGCUA